ACGUCUUCUUACAUUACACGAAUUUUCAAUAUUACCAGUUUUCCUAUUCAUCAACCAUUAUAGUAGCAUGAAUACAUCCCAAACCUCGCUCAGAGUCACUCCCAAAAUUUGUACGAACUUGUAAGCGGUAUAUGUGGGAUAUGUCUCUUCAGAACGUCUGGCAUCUUCGCCGAGUGGCUGAUACCGCCUCAAAAGCAUGCAUGGUUUGCUACAAGCCAUCGACAAGUGUGCUGAUAACGCCUGAUAAUAAAGACUUCUUCUACAUAUGCCCAGCCCAUCUCAAGGACCGUGGUUUCUGUUCUCCCAUCGUGGAUGCAGAGCAAGAUGCCAAGAAGAAGAGAGAUGAAGAACUAGCCCGAGAAAUUGAGAAGGUGACCAAAGAGUAUGAAGAGAAGCAGAAGAGGAAAAAAGAGAAAGAAAAAGAAAAAGACAAGGAAAAGAACAGUAAGGACGAUGAUAAAGAUAAGAAAGAGGAGAAGAGCAAGAAAAAGGAAGACGAGAAGGAUGAAGAUGUAGAAAAGGAGAAGAAUGAUAAGAUCAAUGACCUCCGAAAAGCAGCAGAGACGAAACAGAGUGAUAAUAACUCUCCUCGAAUAUUCGAAUUGCACAAGAACUUCUAUCAAAUGCGCAUCAAUCGCUUGCGGAAUAUAGAAUUGGCAAAGAGGAAUGCUGAGCGCCUUAGAGAUCCGACUUCGUUCCCAUCUGUUCCCAAGGGUGAUUUAUGAGCUGUUAGAAUGUGGUAAUUGAUAAUAAGUGGAUUUUGGAGCAAGACUUUUAUUCUUUACUAAAAGUUCUUGGGGCUAUAUGCAUGAGCCAUACGAUAUAGUGCAGUCUGGCCUGGA